AUGGCCUCGGCAACAGGAAUUCCGCAAGAUCACCCCGACACAAUUAUACCGCAAGACCAUGAGCCUCUAUUGGGUCGUCCAGGCGAUGUCACACAAAGACCCGAUGAGAAUAUUUAUCGGAAUCUCUUCACAGGAACAGCAAGUAUUGCUCAAGCAGGGAUUUGGAUUUUAGCCGCGUUGGUCUGGCAGGGCAUCUUAUCCCAACCCUUCUCCUUAUUCACCCCGCAUCCACUACUCGGUAUAUCUGCCCUUCUUCUCCAAGUCCAAGCCGCUCUCGUCUUGCAACCAACUGCCACGGCGCAACAGAAGCGAACCGGUACUCGAAUCCACUACAGCUUUCAACUACUGAGCGUGGUCCUUUUUGUAUCAGCCUUUGUAAUUAUCGAGGUUAACAAAGGCUCGCAUCCGCACUUUGUUUCGCCUCACGGUAUUCUAGGUCUGGUUACAUACAUCACUAUCGUGCUGCAAGCCGUCGUCGGUGUGAUCCAGUACUUUUUCCCAGUCACCGUCCUCGGUAGUGUCGACGCUGGAAAACGCAUUUACAGGUAUCAUCGCUGGAGCGGCUAUGUUUUGCUACUGUUGGAGAUGGCGACUGUCGUGGCGGCGACGCAGACCGACUACAACUUGAUGGCGAUUCAUAUUCCUCUAUGGGGUGUACUUGUUGCCGUGGUUUUGAUACUUGCCGGGGUGGGUGCGAGGAUUAAGAAGCAUAAAUUGGGGCUGUGA